AUGUCUCGACCUGCAAGCUUCACCCACUGCGUCGGUAGCCCGGCCUUUAGCCCCGAGGACCUCAUCCAGGAUGUCGACCGCCAGAAGCAAGCCCUGGAUCUGCUGGCCAAGGAUGAUCUCUACAACGCCAGCCGAGUGCUGCUGCAGCUCCCCGAGCAGGACCUCUACACAUACCAUGCCGUAACAAGCGUGAGGCUCGCUCAAGUGCAGCGCGUCGUCAGUCUCGGUGCUGUCAACGGCUUACACACCUGGUACCGCAACGAAGAUGGUUCGCCUAGAGAUGCGCCUUCGCAGGCUGACAUUGAGGCUUACAUCUCCAUCUUCAAUCCGGCAACGGCCACGGCCGCGGUGCUCAAGAACCUGGGGACAAACGCCAAGAAGGGCUCGACCCGGGGAGAGGUGGCGGCAAACUUGGACGAGAAGAGAUACCUGCACCCGGCGCUCACGGCGAAGCUCACGGUUCCCAAGUGCAAGAAGCCCCCGAGUGCGAACCCGUAUUACGAUUUUUGGGCGUGGUCGUGCCGGUCACUCGAGUGGUGUGGCCCUUGUCCGGCGGCAGAGCGUGUGGCCACCAGCCAUCAUGUCCUCCCCAUCUUCAUGCACCACUUUGGCUGCGCGACGCCGUCGCAUGAGAGCCUGUCCAUACUCAAGACGUUGGCCGACGGGCGGCCCGUCGCCGACAUUGGCUCAGGCAACGGCUACUGGGCAUUCAUGCUGCGCCGUUACGGCCUGACGGUGCAUCCGGUGGACAACAUGCAGAGCGAAUGGCGAGUCAACUGGGUUGCCGACACGGUCAUAUCGGACGGCGUCAAGUGGUUGCGCAAGAAUGCAGGCGGGAAGGACAUGGUCCUAUUGCUCGUGUAUCCCGUUGUCGGUGGCGGAGUUGGCGGAGGCACCGAGGGGGGGUUCACGAGGAACUUGGUGACGGCAUUCCAGGGCGACACCAUCGCCGUCGUGGGCACGCAGAAUCACAACAGCUACACGGGAUUCAAGGGUAUGACCAUGGACGAGUUCAUGGAGAGGGAGCACAAGGAAUGGACCAAGGUGGUGCAGAUUGCCCUGCCGAGCUUCGGAGGCAAGGAUGAGGCGCUAUAUGUUUUCCAGAGAGGAGAACGAGUACCGCAACAAGAAUAA